AUGAAGUCAGUCAGACAGCAGAGGAUUCACAACUUGGCCAACAAAGAGCACAACACCACUGGUCUCCUCCCUUAUUACAAAGAGGAAAGGAUGGUCAGCUACAAAGUCAAACAAGGCCACGGGCUUGAUGUACAUCGAACAUCCAACCACGUUGACACAAGCCGAAGCUGCUGCAGCCUCCGUGCCCUGUUCGUCCACCUCUACGUAUGCUUUAUGAAAAAAGAGCGAGAUUUCGACCUCAAAAUCGAAGCUUAUUUUAAACUUGGGGAGACGAAAAUCCCCCAUUUUCACUCUUUCACGUGGCGUGUGGUGCUCUAUGAACCCAGAAAUCGAGCCGAAUUUCUCAACGAGCGCCUGCAAGCCAUCCCUGGCAUUGGGAAGAAAGAAGUACAUGGAGAAUGCCCGCGUGUCCUGACCCUUUUGAACCUUAAAAUCGUCAAAGGCGAGCGCGAAUUGGUCCUUGGAGCUGGUCAUGAAGGGGACACGGACAGAACUUCCGUUCAAGAGGAAAAAGUCGCGAGUGCAUUUGCAAUGAUGAGCUUAGUCAUAUUAGUGACUGAGCCGGAUGGGAGCAGAUCUUUUAUCAGACCAUUUGUUUUCUUCUCGGCCCAAGCAUUCACUGCGUCUCUUGCCACAUUAGACUGA